AUGGUUGCAUCAAGACCACCAGGCACCCCUAUAACCAAGAUUGAGCGCACACCAACCCGUACCCCUGGGGGCACACCAGCCCGUACCCCUGGGGGCAGCGCCAGGCCCAAGGAGGAGAAAAUAUUUGUCACAGUUAGGGUGCGACCAUUGAGCAAGAAGGAGCUGGCCGUGAAGGACCAGGCUGCCUGGGAAUGUGCUGACAGUCAGACAAUUAUAUACAAGGGCCCCCCACAGGACCGGGCUGCACCCACCUCUUACACUUUUGAUAAGGUGUUUGGGCCGAGUUGUCAGACCGAUUUGGUUUACGAAGACGGAGCUAAGGAUGUUGCUAUGUCUGCGUUGACAGGCAUCAAUGCCACCAUUUUUGCCUAUGGUCAGACUAGCAGUGGCAAGACAUAUACCAUGAGAGGCGUGACAGAGAGUGCUGUCUGUGAUAUUUACAGGCACAUGGAAAAUACCCCUGAGAGGGAAUUUGUUAUCAAGAUAUCUGCUAUGGAAAUCUACAAUGAGGUUGUGAAGGAUCUUCUACAACCUGACUCUGGUCCCCUUCGGCUGUUAGAUGAUCCCGAGAAAGGACCCAUCGUGGAGAAGUUGGACGAACAAAUUGCCAAGGACAGAGAACAUCUGAGGCAUCUAAUCGGCAUUUGUGAAGAACAAAGACAGGUUGGGGAGACUGCACUGAAUGACACCAGUUCUCGUUCCCACCAAAUCAUUAGGCUGACAGUGGAGAGUAGGCUCCGUGAAGUGUCAGGCUGCGUUAAAUCUUUUGUUGCUACUCUAAAUUUUGUUGACCUUGCUGGAAGCGAAAGAGUUGCACAAACACAUGCAAUUGGCGCAAGAUUGAAAGAAGGCUGCCAUAUAAAUCUCAGUUUGCUGACUUUGACUAAAGUCAUCCGAAAGCUAAGCUCAGAGAAAAGAAGUGGACACAUACCAUAUCGUGAUUCGAAGCUCACACGUAUUUUGCAACUUUCUUUGGGUGGCAAUGCAAGAACGGCCAUCAUCUGUACCAUGAGCCCAGCCCUGACACACGUAGAGCAAUCUAGAAAUACUUUAUUCUUUGCAGCAUGUGCCAAGGAGGUCACAAAUACCGCAAAAGUUAAUAUGAUUGUUUCUGAUAAGCAACUCGUGAAGCACCUUCAAACUGAAGUUGCUAGGCUAGAGGCAGAACUACAAACCCCUGAUCGUGCAUCCUCUUCUGAGAUCCUAAGAAUAGAGAAGGACAGGAAAAUCAGACAGAUGGAAGUAGAAAUGGAAGAACUCAAGAAAGAACGAGAUAAUGCAUAUUCACAACUUGAAGAACUACGAAAGAAGAUGGGUAACAACCAGCAAGGUUGGAAUCCCUUUGACUCACCGCAAAAUGCCCGGAAGUGUCUCACAUUUUCUGGGUCACUACAGCCUAGUAAAAUGAUCAAGAUAAGGAACUCAAUUAGACAAUCAUCCACUGCUCCCUUAACGCUAAAGCAUGAAAUUCGCAAACUCGAGCAGCUACAACAACAGCUUGAGGUUGAAGCGAACCGAGCUAUUGAAGUAUUACACAAGGAGGUUGAAUGCCACAAGCAUGGCAACCAAGAUGCAGCGGAAACUAUCGCUAAACUUCAGGUAGAAAUCAGGGAGAUGCAAUCCGUUAGACCUGAGAACAGAGAUGUUGAGAUGAUUACAGAUGACGGGAAUGGGUCUGAUUUGAAAGAUGAAAUCAGUAGACUUCAUAUGCAAGACAAUGAUAUUGCCAAACUUGAGGCAAAACUAGAAAGUGUACAGAAGUCUCUUGAUAAAUUGGUGAUGUCACUUCCAAAUGUUGGCACACAGUGUAAUGAAUCUUCGACAAAGUCCAAUGCAUCAAAAAAGAAGAGGAGGGUGUUUCUUCCGCUGGGCAUGAACAACAUAAACAAAGCAAUAAGAGCACCUUGCUCUCCACACUCUUCUAGUAGACCUUCAGAAUCGGAUGUUGAGAACAAAGCUCCAGACGGCCACAUUGUGUCUCACGGGGAUUCAGAAAAGGCUACUCCCAUGAAAAAUGAAGAGAAUGGAGAUGUAUCAUCACGUGAUGGAACACCACGCAAUAGGCGAUCCAGCUCAGUAAACAUGAAGAAGAUGCAGAGGAUGUUCCAAAAUGCAGCUGAAGAAAAUGUAAGGAACAUCAGGGAUUAUGUGACCGAGCUGAAGGAGAGAGUGGCGAAACUUCAGUACCAAAAGCAGCUGCUUGUCUGCCAGGUCUUGGAAUUGGAAUCUAAUGAAGGAAAACAAAAUGACAUGGAAGAAGAUCGGGAGGAAACUUCGGGAUGUCUACAAGAUGGCCUUGAGCCAUGGGACGGAUUAUUUAAGGCGCAGAUGCAGCACAUUAUCCAGCUAUGGGAUCUCUGUCAUGUAUCGAUCAUACACAGAACCCAGUUCUAUCGGCUAUUCAGGGGGGAUAGGGCUGAUCAGAUAUACAUCGAAGUUGAAGUUCGAAGAUUGCUAUGGUUGCAGCAGCAUUUGGACGAAGUCGGUGAUGCAAGUCCUGCUGGACCUGGUGACGACCUUGCAGUUUCUCGUGCCUCAAGCAUCAAGGUGUUGAGGAAUGAGCGAGAAUUUCUCGCAAGACGGAUGGGCUCCAGGCUGACGGAAGAGGAGCGGGAGCGCCUGUUCAUCAAAUGGCAGGUCCCUCUCGAGGCGAAGCAUCGGAAGCUGCAGCUGGUGAACAAGCUGUGGACAGACCCUGAUGAUCAAGUGCACAUCGAGGAGAGCGCCGACACAGUUGCCCGAUUGGUCGGUUUCUGCGAGGGUGGCAACAUCAGCAAGGAGAUGUUUGAGCUCAACUUCGCGGUCCCCGCAUGCAGGAAGCCGUGGCUGAUGGGCUGGCGGCCAAUUUCGAACAGGAUCAGGGAGAGAGCUCAAACUUUGGUAACUCAGACCAUCAGGCCAUGACAGUAAAGGAGAAAUGGCCAUGCAAUUUCAUCAUGUCCAGAUGACCUGU